AUGCUGAGCACAAAGGAGAAGGCAGAUGAAAUGGUAUACAACAUCACUGGGCCUGAUCAAAAUAGGCCCAAGGAUUGGCAGAAUGCACUUCGAUCUCCCUCCUUCAAAACCCAACUCAUGAAAUUUCUGGCAGUUGAGUGGGCGAAUACAUCUUAUGCACAAUUACUUGCGAAUUUUGCUGUGUAUCUUGCAGUUGAUGACAAGUGCUACUGCUUCACUGCAUCCGAUGGUGAAGUCAGCAGAGUUACUGUUCCAGCACUAAGGUCCUUCCACGAAGAAGCUGACACCAGAAUGGUGUUUCACCUUGACUUCAUAGCUCAAGUGCAAGAUGCAGUCAAAAUAUCAAUUAAAAGUUUUGAGGGGACAAACUGCGAACUUGACGUUGACGAGUGUCUCAGUAACCCAUGUUAUUUCGGCGGCACAUGCAUUGAUGAAGAGAAUGGAUAUACAUGUCAAUGUCAGGACGGUUUUAUCGGUCCCAAUUGCGAAGCUGUCAUCAGACGCUGUCCGUUUAAUCCGUGCGGUUAUAAUGCAGUGUGCGAAUGCCCAGAAGGAAUGGCUGGGGCUUUGUGUGACAUCGUAAUCAAUGACUGCUACAGUGAUCCAUGCCAGAAUGGUGCAACCUGUGUGGACGGUGACUUUCGCUAUGACUGUGCAUGUGCUAGUGGGUACACAGGCAUUAACUGUGAAAUUGACACCGAUAUCUGCGAUCCCAACCCAUGUGUGCAUGGUGGAACCUGCGUUAGGUCGGUGUCUCCUCGGAAUCCAGAACUUGGUUACACUUGCUAUUGCCCGACUGGUUUCACAGGUGCAAGUUGUGAAGGAGACAUCUAUGAAUGCCGCUCUAAUCCGUGUCAGUACGGCGGUACAUGCGUCGAGAACACAAAUGGUAUACCAGGAUAUGAUUGUGACUGUAUGCCCGACUAUUGGGGCGUCAAUUGUCAGAUUUAUAAGUUUAGUUGUCUCUCUAAUCCUUGCCAGCAUGGAGGACAGUGCACAGAUACAGAGAAUGGUUACAUUUGUGUAUGUCUGGAUGGCUGGGAGGGCGUCAACUGUGCCCUGGACGUCAACGAAUGUCAGCAAGUCGGUACUUGUCAAAAUGGCGGACAGUGCGUCAAUUACGCUGGAACCUACCAAUGUGAGUGUCCGCCAGAAUGGAUGGGAGUUUACUGUGAGUUAGAUUACCCAGAAUGCCAAUCAGAACCAUGCCUCAACGGUGGAACUUGUGAAGAGUUCAUUGGCUCACAGUAUCUCUGUAAUUGUGCUGAGGGAUUCACCGGGGAUAAUUGCGAAGUGAAUAUUGACGAAUGUACGUCUAAUCCCUGUUUUAACGGUGGGACAUGCCAAGAUAUGGUAGAUUCUUAUAUCUGCUAUUGCCUUCAAGGGUUUAUGGGUGUACAGUGUACAACUAAUAUAGACGAGUGCGAAUCUAAUCCCUGUCAGAAUAGCGGCACAUGUAUGGACGAAGUGAAUGGAUAUACUUGUAUCUGUCCAGCGGGGUACAUCGGGAGUAAUUGUGAAAUAAACAAUGACGAGUGUGCAUCUAUGCCAUGUCAGAACGGGGCCACGUGUCUGGAUCUGAUCAACGAAUAUAUAUGCCUCUGCCCAUCAGGAUUACAAGGUGAGAACUGUGCUGACGAGACAGAUGAAUGUAUGUCUAACCCAUGCCAGAAUAAUGCUAUCUGCGUUGAUCAGUUCAACUCGUAUAGUUGUCAGUGCUUACCUGGAUGGACUGGCUUGCAUUGUACAAGUAAUGUUAAUGAUUGCUCUCCGAAUCCCUGCGUGUUUGGUUACUGUAAUGAUCAUUUAGGCUAUUAUACAUGCACAUGUGCACCUGGUUAUACUGGAUACAAUUGUGACCAAGAUAUCCAGGAAUGCUCGUCUAAUCCAUGUCGCAAUGGAGGAAUCUGCACAGAACCCCAACUAGAUCUCUACCAAUGCUCCUGCCCACAAGGAAUAUCUGGUAAGAAUUGUGCUAUCGUGAAUGUUGCAACCUUCACUGGUAAUGAAUAUAUCGCGUACCCGUCGAUACAAGAUCUUGUCAGGAUGCUGGGGAGUCAAGGAAGACGACGAAGAGCUCUUGGAGAGGACGAAUUGCUAACUAUCAACAUACAGUUCACGACUGCUGCAAGUGAUGCUGUUAUACUUUAUACAUCUGGGACACAAUCUGAUGGGUAUCCAGAUUACCUUGCCAUUGAGCUUUACAAAGGAUGUGUACGUGUCUCCUACGAUAUUGGAGGUGAAACAGUUGAAGUGACACUGGGGCAGACUCUGAAUAACGAACUUCAGCAUGCUGUCAUGGUAACCAUAAUUGGAGGAACGGCUUCUGUGAUACUUGAUAAUCGUAACUGUGGCCCUGGGAUCUGUUCGGCUACGCUAGCGACAAGUAGAACCGGAUUUCUGAGCCUGAAUGGUGUGAUGUAUGUGGGUGGUGUUGUUAUGGAUACUUACGCCAGAUCUAAGUUACGAGUCUAUAAUAACUACAUUGGUUGUCUAGAGAAUUUUAUCAUUAACGGGAACAGCAUCAGUUUGGAUUCUGAAACCUAUUCAAACUCUGUUAGCGGCUCGUCACCGUCCAGAAAGAAACGACAAGCUUUCACAUCGCCUACACCUGGUUGCCAAGUACAAUAUGGCUGCCUGUCUAAUCCAUGUCAGAAU